AACAAGUACUGGGAACAUACCCGUACAUCUGGUCCUUCGAGAAGCCGGAUUGUUGGAAGAAGAAAGCAAGACUGCACAGAGAUCAAGAUCACAGAUGCCAACAACAAGAAGACAAAGAACAGCCAUGGAAGCUCAAUCAAACGAAGAAAACACCGCCGCCGUCACGCCGACCGUCGCCGCCACUACGUCGCCUGCUGCCGCCACUACGUCGACCACCACGACGUACACGUCCUCGGAACCUACUGCUACCACAAGAAUUCCUCAACGAGCGCCUGCGCCACAACAACAACAAAACCAACCACAAAUGUACCAGCAGGCGCUACAGAAACUAAUGGCGACGUUAAGAUCGCCAACCAGCCACAAUCAACAGCAGGAGAUAUUACAAAUUCUCAAGUCAAAUCCACCGCUAAUGGCAGACUUCAUCAAACAGAGACAGAACGCCCAAAACCAACAAUCGGCCGCGGGCGGCGUGGGCGGAGUGGGCGCCGCGUGCGGCGUCGGGCUCGGCGGCGGCGGCGUGCCGCAGCAGCAACAGCAGCUGCAUACCAUGAUGCAGCCGCAGCAGCAGCAGAGGCUGCAGCAGAUGCACCAGAUGCUGCCCCAGCAGACGCAGGUGGGAAAUGUAUCAAACGUUGGCAUGGGCGGCGUGGGGACGGUGGGAGGAGUGGGCGGCGCCGGCGGCGUCGGCGGCGUCGGUGGGGUGGGCGGCGUGGGCAGCAUGCCGCCGGCGGGCGUCGGAGCUGCUGCUGCUGCGGCAGUCGCCCGCGCCGCCCGCGCCGCACCCGCCGCCCGACGACCAGCUGCCGCCGAUGACGCCGCAGGACCAGCUCACUAA